GGACAAUUCACUGUGACACCAGUGAAUAUUCGACUAGGCCGCAACGGUGAUGACCGCCAUGACACAGGACAGCAACCGUGCUGCUGGUGUUGCUGGCGCUGGUGGUGGUGGUGGUGGUGCGGGAAUGAGUGACCGCGUGCGGGUGGAUGUGUUGUUGCGGUUUCGCUUUGCGUUGAUUGCCUGUCAAUGCAUCAUCGCCAUUGCCCUUACUCAGCGCAAGGAGGAACAUUUGCUGAAACACCUGCCAUUGGAUGACUUGGACUCUCCUCUGCACCAUCGCACAUAUGACGGCUAUGUGUGGACGCUGCUUCUGUGCAACCUCGCAGAGUUUCUUCUCUUCUUCUUUGGUUAUUCCAUGUUCUCCCAGGGCUGCAGCUUGUUUUCCAUUGUGACGCACGCCGGCGGCGUGUUUUUCCUCGCGUUUUUCUACGCCGAACAGCUGUUUUACCCUUCGCUGCUGUUUGUGAUCCUCUUCUCGUGUGGCCCUCCGCUGUUGGUGAGCACGUGGCACUUUCUCCGCCCUGCACCGUACUUGUGAUACAUGUACGCGCGCGUGUGUGUGAUCUCGAGAGCAUGCGUGGGAUCACAUCACUGAUGUUGACGUGAUGUUGCUGCGGCACCACGUGGGCGUGUGUGGAUGGGAUGGGAUGCAAAGUGGUAUUAUUUUUUUCGCUCUUGUUGCAACACGACGAUGACAUGAUCUUGUUUCAGUACGUGCUGUGAUGGCUCUUGCGGUCGGUGGCUUGUGCGUG